AUGGAUCUGUGUGGAAAGUACAGACAGACAGCAACAAACAUGGACCCAACAAAUGACCCCAGCAGCCCUGACAUGGAGAAAGUGCCUGCUUUUGAGAGCAAGGUGGCUGUGUACAUGAAACCUCCUAUGAAAGCAGUUUCUGCAAGCUGGCACUGCAUCCCCCUGGAGAGGCCACAUCCUGCUGAGAAGCCACCCCUUCCCAAAGAUGCCCCUUUCCAGCAUGAAGCAGCCAGAGCAAUCAUUGCCCAGUUCCCCCUAACAGAUGCUAGGGUUCCCAUUUCUGGAGGAGACCAGUGCCUUGGCACUAGCCUCAGUGGGUAUAAUAUUCAUCUGUGCUGCCACAAAGACCACACAAUGAUCUGUGAAGUCCUCAGUGUAAGCACAGAUUCCCCACCAAUGUCCCUCAUUAGGGAACCAGGGAGCCCUGAGCAUGUGGAGCCUCCCACAGUGACUUCUCAAAGUGCAAGCCACACCCUGAGCCCUCCCAUGCAGCCUGUUUUCACUGUGCCAGCACACAACCCCCUUACAGUCAUGAGCACCCAGCCCACUGUCAGUGCUCCCCACCAGACUCAGUUAACGGUAAAACUACUACUCAAACAGUACUCUGUAUCUUGUGUGGCCUCCAGCUCGCUGUUUGACCUCUCCGUGCUCAAGCUCCACCACAGCUUGCGGCAGAGCGAACCGGACCUGCGGCACCUGGUGCUGGUGGUGAACACGCUGUGGUGGAUCCAGGCGUCCAUGGCACCCGCAGCUGCCCUGCCACCCGUGCCCAGCCCACCCGUGGCCCCCAGCGUGGCCGACAGCCUGCUGGCCAGCUCGGACACCGCCCUCUCAUCCUCCAUGGCCAGCCUCCUGGAGGACCUCAGCCACAUCGAGGGCUUGAGCCAGGCCCCGCAGCCCCACGCGGACGAGGGGCCACCAGGCCGCCCUCUGGCGGGAACCACACCCAGCCUGGGUGCCUUGGACCUGCUGGGCCCCGCCACGGGCUGUCUGCUGGACGAUGGGCUCAAGGGCCUGUUCGAGGACAUCGACACCUCCAUGUAUGACAGUGAACUUUGGGCACUGGCCCCGGAGGACCUCAAAGCUGCUCUUGAGGGGGGACCGGGCAAGGAAGCCGCUCCGGAGCUGGAUGAGGCCGAGCUGGACUACCUCAUGGACGUGCUGGUGGGCACGCAGGCCCUAGAGCUGCCGCCAGGGCUGGGGCGCUGACCCCCCGGGGCUGUGCUGCUUGGCUGGAGUCUGAUCUGAACCUGGUGGCUGGACCAACGCUCCCUGGAGAGACACAGCUGGCUUUCCUGGAACCCGGAGAGGGGGGCUUGGGCCACUUUGGAGAGGUGGACUGCGGUCUGCUUGUCUCAGGGCCGGUGGGGGAGCCUGGUAGGGGCCCCUAGCCAUGGAGCGGCCGGGUCUGCUGGCCGGAAUGAGACCCGGCCAGGCCCGUGCUGGACUGAACCCUCCAGGGCCACAGCCUGGGCUGCUCCUUGCCUGAUGCGG